GAAGUGGGCGGAACGCGGUGGACAAGGAACGGCCGUAAGCACCAAUAAGAAGCGAGAAGCGGCGCGGCUCAUCCAAUGGUAGAGCCCGGAGGGCGGGGACGCGAGGAGGCGGGGCUACCGGGCUGGAGCCGGCAACAGGAGGCUGAGGGAGGCGGUAAAGGCAGAAGCAGUACAAAGGGAGAUGUCCCUCGCGUCCCCACUGGAAGCAGGAUGAAUCUCAUGUCUAUGGCGACAGAGCCCGAGCUGAAAUGGGUAGCCCUGUGGGUCCGCGUCAGGUGGGCAGCCGUGCUCGUGCUGCUGCUGGGCUCCCUCCUGCUGCUGCUGCUGCCGCUGCCCGCUGUGGAGGAGAAGUGCCAUGCGGUGCUCAGGGGGCUCUCCUUCCUGAGAAGUAAGCUAGGCACCGGCUACACGGGCGUCACCAGGUACACGGGGCAAAGCACGGGGCUGAGCGUCACCUCACAGGGGCUGGAGCUGCUGGUGCUGAAGGGCAAGGCCUCCCCAGAAGUGAAAUUAGAAGCCAAAGCAGCUCUGAACCAAGCCCUUGAAAUGAAGCGCCAAGGAAAGCGAGAAAAAGCGCACAAACUCUUUAUAUACGCCCUCAAAAUGGACCCUGAUUAUGUGGAUGCCCUGAAUGAAUUUGGCAUUUUUUCUGAAGAGGAAAAAGACAUUCUUCAAGCAGACUAUUUGUACUCCAAAGCUUUAACCCUUUCUCCCUGCAACGAGAAGGCUUUGAUCAAUCGGGACCGGACACUGCCUUUAGUUGAAGAAAUAGAUCAGAGGUAUUUUAGCAUUAUUGACAGCAAGGUUAAAAAAGUGAUGGCGAUCCCCAAAGGCAAUUCUGCCCUGCGCCGAGUGAUGGAGGAGUCCUACUAUCACCACAUCUACCACACGGUUGCUAUUGAAGGGAACACUCUGACGCUGUCAGAAAUACGACACAUCAUCGAGACCAGAUAUGCUGUUCCUGGAAAAAGUUUGGUGGAGCAGAAUGAGGUGAUCGGCAUGCACGCAGCUCUGAAAUACGUCAAUACCACGCUGGUAUCGCGGAUAGGCUCUGUUACCAUUACUGAUAUCCUGGAGAUACAUCGGAGAGUGCUGGGCUACGCUGACCCUGUGGAGGCGGGGCGGUUCAGGACUACCCAGGUGUUUGUAGGGCAUCACAUACCCCCACACCCCCAGGACGUUGGGAAACAGAUGCAGGAGUUUGUGCAGUGGAUUAACUCUGAAGAUGCCAUGAGUUUGCACCCCGUGGAGUUCGCUGCGUUAGCCCACUACAAGUUGGUUUACGUCCAUCCUUUUGUAGAUGGCAACGGGAGGACCUCACGUCUGCUAAUGAACCUCAUCCUGAUGCAGGCAGGCUACCCACCCAUCACCAUCCGCAAGGAGCAACGGGCGGAGUAUUAUCACGUCUUGGAAGUGGCCAACGAGGGCGAUGUGAGGCCUUUCAUACGCUUCAUAGCUAAGUGUACCGAGACGACGCUGGACAUGUUGCUCAUCGCCACCACGGAGUACUCUGUGGGGUUACCUGAAGCUGAUGGCAGCAGUGCUGGAUGCAAACAAACUAUCCCUGUCAAGACUUGAAGGUUCCAGACAUGGAGAAGGCAGGGAACACAUGGGUGAACAGGAAGCCGUGCUGCUCAGUACUUCUGCUGGGAAGUGACUUGAGAGGAGGUGUCACUCUUUAGCAUUUCACUUAUUUAAAGUCUCUUACGUUUGAUUAAAUUAAUAUAAUUUAUUUAUAUACAUUAUGCCAAGCUGAACUGUUGAUGUUGAUUGUGCGCUGUAACUUGCCUGUGCUACAGUAAGAGGUGGGGUAAAAUAUCAGAGGGGCUAAACAAAAUGAAGUAGAAAAGAUUUUCUCCAUAAAAUUAAGCAUUGAGAAGCUGCUUCCAUCACAGCCCUUCACCAAGUCAAUCAACAGCCUUGUCUUACCUUGUCAUGGAGCUGCCAGGUGGGACAAAGCCUCAAUGAAGUUGUUGCUUUCAUACUGUCCCUUCACUCUUCCUCAAAACCCAAAGCCCUGGCAGUAAUAGCAUGCUCCCAGCUGCAUCGAGCUUUCAUCUUCACUGUGACGCAUUCAACCAGAAAAGAUGAGGAAGAAGGAUGACAUUUCUCCCCUCCUAUUUCUGCUUUAAGUAGCACUUUGCAUAUUUACUUUCAGUUGCCUUUCCUAGGGUAAGGUAUGUGCAACAAAUGGGAAGUGUUUGGUUUAUGAUUACAAACCACGUGACAGGAACAAGACAAGGAACGCUCUUGCUAUGCUUUCAGCAGGAUGAUUUUCUGCUGAGACCCUGCUUCAGAUCCCCCCUCUCAGCAGGCAGGUCCCCUGGGAAACUGCAGCUGGCUGCAGGUUUCUGUUCAGGGUUUUGAAAAGAGCUUGCUCCUGCAAAGCUGCAGGCAGAAAAGGUCAUUAUGCAUAACCACGAGACUGCCUUUAUCUGCUGUGCUGUUUGGUAAGAAUUCAUAGAGUGAGUUUGCCAAAAACUUAAGUUUCCUUCAUCUACACAAGAGACCUUUUUUCUUAAUAGGUUUAUUAACUACCAGGUCAUGUUAUUCCUGUGAUAAAUGCAUAAAGAACCACCCCAGGCCUCUCCCUGCUACAGUGUGAGUUUGCCUAGCACCUAGAAGCUGCUGCCCAAUUCAAAGUGCUUUUAAGGUAAAAGCAUUUGCAGUUUAACACUGAGGGGAGUUGCUCCCUACACCUCACCUGGCAGUUGUGUGACUGCAUAACUCCAGGUGUCAUAGAUCCCAACACCUUCAAGUUCAGAAAGACGUGGAAGGAAUGGAUUCAGGUACUGUCCUGUCCCAGGCCUGUUUUUCUCCCCUCUAGCUCUCUUACCUGCAAGGUAGUAGGAAUGAUGCAUUUUAUACAGCAAACAGACAAGAAGACAAGACUGGGAGUUACCUAUACACUGUAGCACCAGCCUGUCCUUAUGUAUUGAUUACUGCUGACAGGGAAAGUGAACAAGUGUUCUAUUUUUACAAAGCAUGCUUAUUUUUGUAGUGCCACGUGAGUAUAAAAGUAUUCUGCACUUUAGAGCUCUGGAAAAAAAAAAGUUCAUUUUAAUAACAGAUGAAUAAAGUAUUUUAAUAUUAAAGUCUGCAGUAAAAUCA